AUGACCGCUUCAAGAGACCUGCCACCCUAUACCACUUCAUACUACCCUAAUAUCUAUCUCAAAUCUCAGCUAUGCACGAAGUCCCAAUGGCCGCCGAAAGGCACUACUCUUAUUGAUCAAGUCGCUAUCGUGACAGGAGCUAACACUGGCUUGGGUUUGGAAAGCGCUCGCCAACUCCUAUCGUACAAUCUCUCCCAUCUAAUUAUCGCCGUUCGCUCCGCUGCAAAAGGCGAGACAGCAGCAUCUACACUCCGAAAGGAGUAUCCCAUGGCCUCCAUCGAAGUCUGGCAACUAGACAUGAGCUCAUACGAUUCUGUUCGAGCCUUUGUUCGCCGCACCGAAAGUCAGCUAUCUCGUCUUGACAUCGCCAUCCUCAAUGCCGGGUUGGGGAAAAUGCACUUUGGAGUGGUUCCAAGCACCGGCCAUGAGGAGGUCAUCCAAAAAGUUCUCUCCACUCCUACCCUCCUACGACGACCCGAAGAUGUUCGACUGGACCGAGCAAUACAGCGCAUCCAAACUACUCGGGCACAUGUUCAUGUGGAAGCUCGCCGACUACGUGCCGCGGAGGACGUAGUGGUGAACUUGGUGGACCCGGGGUUUACCAAGGGCACCCAGCUCCACCGUGAGGUCUCUAGUGUUAUCUCAAUGGUCAUUUACCUUGCGAAGGCGGCCACUGCUCGGACUGUCCAGGAUGGGGCUUCCACGUAUGUGGACGCUACGGUGGUGAAGGGCAAGGAAGCGCACGGCUGUUUUCUAAUGGACUGGCAGAUUCGACCAUUCGCUACUGUCCUUUAUACGCCAGAAGGGAAACAGGCCAUUGAGAGGCUGUGGCACGAAACAAUGACUGAAUUGGCCUUUGCCGAUGUCCAGGGUAUUCUUCGGUCUAUGAAGCAGGACGUAACUAUUCGUCGUUAG